AUGUUGGUGGAUAGAGAGGGUUUGUGGUUUAGAGUUUUGACAGCUCGGUAUGGGGUUGAGGAUGGUAGACUUUGUGAGGGAGGUCAGCGAGGCUCGGUGUGGUGGAGGGAUAUAGUGCGUAUUAGAGAGGGUGAGGGUGAGUUAGGUGGGACGUGGUUUGGGGAGCAUGUGGUGAGGAGGGUAGGGGACGGUUCAGAUACUCUUUUUUGGACCGAUCCAUGGUUGGAUGGGAUUCCGUUGAGGGAGCGGUUUGGUCGCCUUUUUUCAUUGGCUGAGACCAAAUCGCGCUCGGUCGCAGAGAUGUUUGAUUCAGGGUGGGGGCGGGAUCAGACUUUGGACAGGUGGCAGUGGCGCCCAGAUCCUGAUGCAGGGUAUACUGUUGCGGGAGGUUAUCAGAUUCUGACUCAUCAGGUUUAUGUUGCCUUACAUGAUGCGGAUAAUCUUAUUUGGCACCCUCAGGUUCCGUUGAAGGUUUCCAUCUUCGCGUGGCGUUUAUUACGGGAUAGGUUGCCCACGAGAGCCAACCUGGUCACUCGUGGAGUUCUGUCUUCUACCAUUGAUUCUUGUGUGUUUGGUUGUGGAGUGACUGAGCCGGUCCAUCACUUAUUUUUAUCUUGUAGCAUUGCUGGCUCUCUUUGGGACUUAGUCUAUGCGUGGGUUGGCAUUUCUCCGAUGGUUUGCAUUACUUUGCGUGAUCAUUUUGUCCACUUUACAGCUUCGGCAGGGGUAUCUCGAGCGCGACGGUCUUUUCUACAGCUUCUUUGGCUAGUUGUGUUUGGGUGA